CGGCUGUAACAGAAGAUUCAAGUUUACGAUUAAGAAGUUAUAUAAUAUAUAAGAAGUUAUAUAAGAAGUUAUAUAUAUCCACGACAAAUAUAGCAUUACCUCAAAAAUUCGAUUUUAAAGCCCACGAAAUGGAAGUUGAGCUUGGAGCAUUGAAGUGCAAUCUGCAGUGAAGGUUGAAGACGUGAUAGAAGAUGAACCACUGCUAGGCUAAGAUGGCGACGUCCCGUCAAAGAGAAGGCCAAAGAGAAUCAGCGCCACCAACCCCCAGCAAAUCAUCAACGGAGAAAAAGUUCGAACCUGCAGAUAACAGAUGGACUUUUUCAUCCCGCAUAAUAGUGGGUUACCUGCUGUGACCGCCAGAGGGCACCCUAUGAAAAGGGGCCGUAUUAUCGUCUCCAUUCUCUUGCUUGUUGCAAGAAAGGGUAGCUGGUGCAAGCCGGUUCCCCGGGAAAUAAAGGACAUCCAAAAAUGAAUUGCUCAUCAAGAACAAUGUCCCACUCAGCUGCAGGGGGGGAGAUUCCCUUUGAAGCUGGAGGAUCCACAGCCCCCCCGUGUUAAAGAGGAAGAGGAGCAACUCUGGAUCACUCAGGAGGGAGAGUGUCUUCUUGGGCUGGAGAAGGCUGAUCUCACCAAGUUGCCACUGACUGUUGUCUCUGUGAAGACUGAAGAUGAUGAAGACACACCGCAAGCAGACAACCUCUUAGCUCCACUGUCAGAUAGUGACGACACGUCACAUUCUCUCGAGAAUGAAGUCUGGGAUGACACUCAAGAACCUUUGAGCAGCGAUAAAGACUGGGAAGGUGAUAUGCGGACUCACACUGCCAACAAAUACUCUGAAUGCUCCGAAAAGAAGAGAGCCCACGAAACGGAAGUUGAAAUGAAGAUUGAGGACGUGAUAGAAGAUGAACCACUGCUAUGCUAAAAUGGCGACGUCAAGUCAAAGAGAAGGUGGAAGAGAAUCAGCGCCACCAACUCCCAGCAAAUCAUCAACGGAGAAAAAGCCUCAAACUGCAGAUAACGGUCAACAUCCAACCGAUUGCUCGUGAAAGACAACGUCCCCCUCAGAUGCAGGAGGGGAGCUCCACUUUGAAGCGGGAGGAUCCAACGCCCCCGCAUGUUAAAGAGGAAGAGGAGGAGCUCUGGACCACUCAGGAGGGAGAGCAUCUUCUAGGACUGGAAGUGGCUGAUCUCACCAAGUUGCCACUGACUGGUGUCUCUGUGAAGACUGAAGAUGAUGAAGACAAACCAGCUGAAUCCUUUUUCUGGUUUUGUCCUGCAGAUGUCCAGCAGCUGAUUAGUCAUCAAGAAGAGUGUCCCCGUCAGUUGCAAGCGAGCGCCACUUUGAAACAGGAGGAUCCACAGCCCCCCCAUGUUAAAGAGGAAGAGGACGAGCCACAGCUCUCCCAUGUUAAAAAGGAAAGGGUGGAACUCUGGACCACUCAAGAGGAACAACGUUUUCUCGGGCAGGAAAAGGCUGAUCUCACCAAGUUGCCACUGACUGUGAAGAUAGAAGACAAACCACCUGAGUCCUCACAGCUUCAUCACAGUCCAAGUGAGGAGAACAGAGGGGCGGAGCGUCCAAGCAGCAGCAGCUCACCACAACACAUGACAACAGAAGCUGAUGGAGACCACUGUGGAGGAUCACAAGCAGACAACCUCUUAGCUCCACUAUCAGAUAGUGAUGACACAACAUCACACUCUUCUGAGGAUGAAGACGGGGACGACACCCAAGAACCUUUGAGCAGCGAUACAGACGGUGAAGGUGAUAUGAGGACUCAUGCUGACAACAAACACUCCAAAUGCUCUAAAAAGAAGACAGGUAAAAACUGUUUGACGUGCGCUUUUUGUUCUAAAAGCUUUCAUUAUAAGAGUAAUUUGAAUGUACACAUGCGUAGACACACAGGAGAAAAACCUUUCAGUUGCUCUGUUUGUGCUAAACGCUUUUCUCGUCAGAGCCAUCUGACUCAGCACAUGCCGACACAUACAGGAGAAAAACCCUUCAGUUGCUCAGUUUGUGCUAAAUGUUUUUCUCUUAAGGGCCACUUGACUCGACACAUGCUGACGCACACAGGAGAAAAACCUUUCAGUUGCUCAGUUUGUGCUAAAAGCUUUUCCUUUAGGAGCGGUAUGACUCGACACAUGCUGACGCACACAGGAGAAAAACCUUUCAGUUGCUCAGUUUGUGCGAAAAGCUUUUCCUUUCAGAACCGUUUGACUCGACACAUGCUGACACACACAGGAGAAAAACCUUUUAUUUGCUCCGUUUGUAGCCAAGGAUUUGCUCGGAAGUCAACAAUGUUUUUACACAUGAGAACACACACAGGAGAAAAACCUUUCUAUUGCUCAGUUUGUGGUAGAAGAUUCUCUCGAAAGGAAUAUAUGGUAUCACACAUGAGAACGCACGAAGGAGAAAAACCUUUCCAUUGCUCAGUUUGUGGUAGAAUAUUUUCUCGGAGGGAGCGUAUGAUAUCACACAUGAGAACACACAAAGGACAAAAACCUGUUUGCUGCUCAGUUUGUGGUAAAAGUUAUUUUCGCCAAACCACUUCAGCUAACCAUAUAGUCAAACACACAGGAGGAGAAAAAACUUGUUGUUGUUCAGUUUUGCUGUUUAGGCUUUUUGUGUGAGUCUAUAUUAUUGACACACAUGCGAACGCACAACAGAGAAAAACCGUUUAGUUGCUCAGUGUGCGGUGGGAUUCUUUCAGAAACAGCCCAUGCAAAAAGACACAUGAGAUAAAAUGGUACGUACUCACAGAAAGUCUGGUUCGCUACAUUCAAAAGAAAUGCAACCAUUCAAUACAGUACAAAAGCCAACAUUCCGGAAAAUGUUAGAAUGUUUGAAAGAUCAUGGGAGAACGUAUAUGUCACAAACAGCAAUCCUGAACUAUAGAACCGAGUGAAAGAAGACGUGAAGGACAUCAAAAAUUUAAAAUUUUACGCCGCCAGAUGCCUAUUUAGCCGGUUGUUCUCCAUUUUAUUGUUAUUAGUAUAACUUUCCUUUCAAGAUGAAAUAUCUGUGUUUGGUCUGUGAUUUUUAUCAAAUAAAUUUCCCCCCAAAAAUGCUACAGUGCGACUUAUGUUUUUUUAAAUUCUUCAAUGUGCACUUUUGGCUGGUGUGACUUAUACCCCGGAGCGACUUAUAGUCCGGAAAAUAUAGUAGAUGUUGUGGACACCCUGGGCAUAGUGACACCUUGUUCUGGUAAUGCUUAAAAGUAUUUUGCCAAAAUAUGGCAAAAUACUGUAAAUAUUUACAUGUAUCAUGAAUGUACCCGUUACUACAUGUUCACAGCAUGUAAAUAAUACCAGAAAACAUUGUUGGAGGUAUUGGACAUGAAAUUCUCCACAACUUACUAAAGGUCAAAGGACCACUUUCGAAAAUUAAUUAUGCCAAUUCCACCUCCACCUCACGUGUUCGUUGAUCUCCAGUUAUGAGAAGGAAAGAAGACUCACAGACCAGAUUAAGUUUUUUGUGUUGAGAAUAAAUCAGACAGACUAGGUUAACAGCUUCCGUCUCAUCCACCGGUCCCCUGGUCCUCCAUGCCAGCUGAAUGAGAGAGGGUCCUGGACUCUUCCCCUUCCCGCCUUUUAAAAUUGUUUUCACCAGGCCGUUGGUGCCAGUCUCUCCAAAGAUAACUUUCUCCCGGUUUCUUUGACAAAGUUGUGUGACGCCAGCAGGUGCUAGUCUCUGAGUUGUUGACACUUAUUUAGCAUAAACAUCACGUACUUUUCCCCAGUCUAUCUCAAGGCUUACUGACUUCUUUCUGCCCUUUUCUGGCUGCUGGUCCCAGCUGGCCUUCACAAUGUGUGAGCACUCACUAUUUUUUUUACCUUUGACACGCUUAAACAGUUGUUCAUCUACUCGGCUAAUUGUUUAAUAAAGCAAUACUACUCGGCUAAUUGUUUAAUAAAGCAAUAUUUCUAUAAACUACUUGUAAUCACUCACUCAAUUAUUAGAUUAAUUGAUCAAACGGUUACAGUAUAUCUAUUAUUUUAAGGUACUCUAAUAAUGCAAUCAAUAAACAUCAAUGCAAACAGUUAUUGUAAAAUCUACUUGUAUGUUACUGGGAGGAGUUGUGGUCUAAUCCUCUCCUACCAUUAGCACCUCCGAUCAAAGGGAAGUGUAGCUUCCUGAGUUGGGUAUGAACGACUUAGUCCCAGUCUUAGUGUAAGGAACCAAUAGGAGGAGGGUGUUGGCACACCAAUUCCGCUCACUCUUACUGUAUUUAAGGCCUAGGCUACCAGCACUUGUUAGUUCGCUGACGAAGCUCUUCGGAUGAGGAGUGAAACGUCCGACACCUUCUUCACAGAAGUACAGAUGACGUCUCAAGAAGCCUUUCCCUCGUUUUUAAAAUAUACUUUGAAAAAUAUGGAAUGAAAGAAAAUGACAAUUUUGCUAGUUUCACCACUAAUUCACACAAUCUUGAAUUGAAUAAAACAUAUUUUCAGUCUGACAGCUUCAAUCAAGUGUAUUGUUUGUGUUGGCAAUGUUUGUUGACGA